AUGUCAAGUUCAGUGUUUAAAGUGUAUUCAUCCUCCAGCCGGGAUGGGUUUGAAGAUAGUGCCACUGUGUCGGGGGACACAAGCGGAACGACGGAUUUCAAAGAAGCGGUUCACGAGGAUCUAAAAAUCGACUCCAACUUGGUCAUUCUGCUCAACAAGAAUGGUACGGUCUCUGUUGAUCAGAACACGUUACAAAGUCUACUCGCCAAUGAAACCACUAGCACGUCGGUCAGUUUGGUGCGUAUAUCGUCUCCCACGCCGAGCAUCGAAGAAGAAAUCGAGGAAGAACAGAGACGGCUUAAGGACGAAAAAUCACAGCUUGAUGCAGAUGCGGCAAGUGGCAGUAGUGCGAAUGAGGACUCCAAUGAAGACAGCAACUCGAUGGCUGGCGCAAGCUCCGGAACGUCGAGUAUAGUCGGCAGUUUUGUUUCUACGCGACGAACUCGGACGGUAUCCAAGAGAGGGUCUACGGCGGUGGUGAUGGAAGAUGACGAUGAGCCACGGCACGUAAGCCUCAUGGUGGAGGGUUUCUAUCCGCCAGCAGAAGCUCAGAACUUUGCCGCUCAGGUGCUCAGCUUGGCUGGAUAUCAGCACCCGUUACGAAAGGAAGCGAUUGAUAUCGAGUAUAUUCGGCAUACAGUUUCCAAUGAUCACUGCUACACUCCUCUGACUUCCCCAACACAAAAGAUACCGUCGAAAGCACCUAUUGAUGUCGAUUCCUCCGAAGAACCUUCUGCCUCCACUACGGGAGGGACUGCUUUAACCGGCAGUACUAGUAGAACUUCCCUUGCAGCAAAAAUAAUUGAUCGUCGUAAAUCGGUCGGUGUAAGAAGUGCAACCAAGAAUACAACACCACCGGCUACUAAAGGCCCGCCAUUGAAUCGUCGCAAAUCUACUGCGGUUGCAGUUCCCAGCAUUGGUCAGGAUCAGAAGAAAUCUUACAAAGUUACAAAAGCCAGCCAGCAGGGGGUCAACGAAGACGACAACGUCGACGACGAAGAUGCAGAUGAGGACGAGGAUGACGAUCCUUAUUCGGACUACGAGGAGGAAGAAUCGUCGUUUUCCGAAGAGGACGAUGAUGAAAUGGACUUAGAUUUUAGUGUCGGUAGAAGGUCACCUAUCAAAAAACGAAAGCCGUUGCGGAAAAGCAAAGUUCUGCCGAAGACAUCGCUGCGUAGCUCAACGACAACUCCUAAGAAGGUUGAAUCCAAAGACAUAGCAGGGGAUAGAUUGAAAGAAGCAGCGAAAAGCAACACAAUCAAAGUUGUGCGUAAUCAAAUGGGAACAGUCAAACUUUCCACACAACAUCAACAGAUUGUUAACAGACCCGGAAGUCAACAAGUGCUGAAAUCUUUCCCGGUCAAGAAACCAUCUCAAAAGACGCACACCAUGACAUCCGCGACAGGAUCAGUGGCCACUGCAACGGUACUGAACAGCAAGUCACCCUCGUCCGCUUCGGCAACGUGUACGGCGAAAACGCCGACCAAACCGGAAAUCGUUUCAACCAGUCAAGCGAAACAAGCAGCAGCUACCACCGUAGUUCCCCCGGUGGUUGCUACACACAAGAAAGAAAAGAAACCGAAAUCGAAUGCCUUCGAUGCGGCCAUGUUUAGUGACAUAUCGGCACUCUUCUCUACUCCGGAUAUUAUCAAAAAAGUCAACAUAAGCAAAGGGCCUACAUUAACGCCAGGCGCGACAACAAGUAACAACAGCUUGAUAGCUUCUCCGCCCUUCAAAACAUCCAUCGAACCUAUGGUAAUGUCUGUGAGCCCGAAGCUAUUCAAUACCGAGCAACACAAGACCGCUCCACUGCAUUCUAACACGUGUAAAACGAUUUCACACGCCAAUUCUUCGGGAGUGACGGAGCAAGGAUUAGAUCUUAUCAAUACGAUCGUGCAAGAAGAUCUACGUCAACCGAUCGAGGUGGCAACAGUUUCUGGUUGUUCAACGACACAGCCUAUCGAGAUACCGAACAUAGUAAAAAUGUUGGAAACUAGUGCCGCUAGUGCAGUGGCUGCGGAUAGCAAUGUUCUUAUCAGCCCCCAGCUGUUAGCACCACCACCACCACCACCGAUUGAAAUGAAAGCGUUAGUCGAGCCGGUGGUUAGUCUUUUGGCUACCGACACAAGCAUUUUGGAAGCUCUCAAUAGUGGUGUAGAUGCGUUACCGGAAGAUCUGAUGGAACACGUGGCCGAAUUGGCAAAGAACAAAGAAUUGCAGGAAAUUCUCGAUAAACAAGUACUUGGCGUGAUGGGCAACGAUGCAUUGCUUCACGGGACACUGCCCUUAGUAGACACCGCAGCUCUGUCGAAUCUCGUUCCUGACCAAACUCUUGCGCCGACUUCGAAUUUUAAUACGAUGGAGCUCAGUGUGCCACAAUCACUGCAAUUGAAUGUUUCUGUUGAACCGACGGUAAGCCACUCGAUGGAGGCUCUCCCGACGCUCACGGUCAAGGAACAGCUGGUCCCACGUAAGGAGGCAAUUCAAAUUCGGCGUAGUGAUGGUCGUGUGAUCACUCUACCACCGAUCGAGGCACCUGCAACUCGUUCUUCAAAGCGAAGAGCCCAAGGCAGUUUUGGAACAAAACUGCAAUCGUUAACGACUACUCCAGACAACCAGGAGUCGUGCAUAAAUUCUUCCGAUGCGUUACCAUCGCCACAAGUUAUAAAGAGUUCUCGAGCACUGAAAUCAUUCGGAGUAGCAACUCCACUUUCUUCACGUCCAAGCACUCCCGCAACUUCCGGUGCUGAACUACGUGAUGAAAGUACUAUCGGAGAAUUGGUAACGGACGAAACGCCGAAAAUAAAGCGUAGCAGCAAGUCGGAAGGUGAAAGCCGAGUGCGAACGAAACGUACCACGACGCCAUCGAAUGCGGCAGCAUCUGCGGCAGAUGCUUCCCAGGACGAUGAUCUUGAUUCUGAUGAAAGCUGGAACUCGGAAGAUGAUCCUGAUCGUCUUUGGUGUAUAUGCCGCCAGCCACACAAUAAUCGCUUCAUGAUAUGCUGCGACUCGUGUGAGGAUUGGUUCCAUGGAAAAUGCGUGAACAUAACGAAAGCGAUGGGCCAACAGAUGGAGCACGACGGUAUCGAGUGGACCUGUCCGAAUUGCAUCAAGAAAAAACAAGAUCGUCAGCAACCAAAAAUGACAGAAUUUUUAGUCUCGCGUGCUGGAGGCACGUUGGAAGUUGCGCCUAUUUCUAGUAAACAGGAAACAGCAAACCCAAACGAGGAAGCAGCAGCAAACGGCUGUAUCGUUUGCGGCAACCCAGCAAAACCAAGCUCGAUAUACUGCAGUGAUGAUUGCAUUCGAAAGCAUGCGGGUUCCAUCCCGACAGUAAAAAGUGACAACAAAGCAAAGGAACGAACCACCUCUAACCCUUCCACUGUUCUAUCAACUUCGCUCAAUGAGUCAUCUCCAAGCAGUGCGAAUGAUACGAUUAUCGUCAUGGAACGAAAGACUGGUCGCUGCAUGACGGGGAAGAAUGCUCCUACUGAGGAAAAUAUCAAGAAAUGGCUACAGGACCACCCAACCUUCGAGGUUGUCCCACCUGGUUCGGCUCAAGCAAAUAUUAUCCUAGCAAAGGCCGAGUCUCGUCGCUUGGCGCUUGCCAAGGAAGCGUCGGCAAAUAAAACUAGUUCGCCGGUCGCCACUGUAGGCAGCAACAUGUCAAAAGUGCAAACUCAAAUGAAGAUGAACGACCAAAAAAAGAUGAUUCUCGUAUCUUCAGCGAUGCCCUCAUCUAAAGUUUCCAGUCCGAGUGGAUCACGCCAAACGCCUAGCACUCAAGCCACCAAACUGCCAUUGCCUCCAAAAUCAGUUUCCACAAACAGUGGCCCGAAACUUAGCAAUGUGAUGACCACUCCUGGUUCCGUACAACGAACGGGUAUCGGUGCAACAACUGCAACUGGGGCAAAUUUAUCAACAGCGACUCCGGUAGGCUCUUCCGUAGGCUCCAAUAAGCAAAAGAAAAUUCUUGCAUCUCUACCGUCUUCUGGAGAGCAUGGAACGAAGCAUCAGAUUUCGAGUGGGAAACCCGCUACUGCCAACUCCGGCGGCGAAAAUAUUCGUGUAACCGUUAAAAAGACGCUAAAGGAGCAUCUAAUGCAACGCACGGCAGAGUUGGCCGAGGACAGCCCGAUCCCUCGGUUGCAGGAGCAAGAAAUUGAUCAAUUUGUGAACGAAACGGAGAAGGAAUUAUUCAUCCUUUUUAAAAAAGAUACUGGCAUGAAAUAUCGAGCCAAGUACCGGUCGUUGGUGUUCAAUAUAAAAGAUCGGAAGAAUUUGUCACUUUUUCAGAAGAUUUCCGAAAAAUCCAUUGAACCUAAACAAUUGGUUCGGAUGACAGCCGAUGAACUGGCUAGUCAAGAGUUGGCUCAGUGGCGCGAGAAUGAAACUAAACACCAGCUGGAAAUGAUAAAAAAAACGGAACUAGAGUCGCUGGCGUGUGCCAAAAAUUAUGUUUUGAAAACUCACAAGGGAGAGGAGAUGAUCGAGGAUAAAAGUGAAAGCCGCGUACAAAUCGAUCCUUCAGUUCCCGUUGAUGAUGUGGUUUCAUUGCUGAACAAUUCCACUGUGAGCAGCACUAGCGAGCUGGAAGAAUCUUUAAGUGCAAAUGACACCGGCACAUAUCGCACGAAGGAGUACGAUUAUGGAACCUACGGUAAACACUACACAGGGCUUUAUGGAGUAGCAACGACGCCACUGAUCAGCAGCAGUAACGUGUCCAGUGCCGGUGGCGGUAAGUCGGACAGUGGCGGCACCAGUGCGGUGGCGUCAUCUUCUUCUUCGAGCGUUUCGCGCAAAAAAGAUUCACGCCGUAGUAGUCACGGGAGUCGCAGUCGGAGUAGAGAGCACAAGCGAGAGCAUCGUGAUCGUUCGCGAGAUCGGAACCGUUCGAAACACAAACGAAAACGAAGCCACGAUCGUAGUAGCGAUCGUCACACAAGUCGUGAUCGAGAUCGUGAUCGUCAUCAUCGUGGACGUGAACGUAGCCGCGAACGGUCGAAGCAUGAGAAGACCUCACGAGAAAAAGAUCAAUCAAAGGGGGGCUCUUCGGAGAAGCGUCGCGCAUCAACUGCAGUGACAGUGCCUGGGCGUGACGCUGAAACUUUUGAUUCAUCAUCGAAAAUAGCACUAGAUGCUGAACGAAAAGAUGGGAAGGUUGAAACACAUAGCAAAGCUUUAAGCAACGUUAAAAAACCGAAGGAUGAGCCAUCGAAUUCGAAUCCAGAAAACAAAAUGGCAGAAAACGUGAAACCAUCGAUCACCGACAAUGAAAUAUUGACAGAAAAUAAAAUGCCACCAUCAGAAAACUCAGACCAAUUACCUGUGUCAGUUGGUGGAGCGGCAAAGUCAACAAAAAUGGAACAGGAUCAAGAACCGACGAGCACGGUCACUAUCCCGACCCCACCACACCACCAUCCAUAUGAAGGCGAAUCACCGGAUGAAGGAACGCUACCAACAAAGGCCGCUGCGGUGGCGAAUGAAAAGUUGCGCGAAGCCGAGCGGUCAUUCUGGACCGGAAGUGUGCAUAUGGUCGAUGUGGCAAGUGUGGAAAUGUCGAUUCGCCCAGUCAGUGGUGAUAUUCACGAUAUAGCGAAGGACUUCAGCGGCGAUCUCGACAUAUGUGGUACAAUUAAACCGGAAAUCGUGUGGGAUUACAUCGCACAGAUCCGAAAGAGCCCGAACAAGGAAGUGUGCUUGGUGAGGUUCCACUCACUGGAAACCACAGCGUACUACACACUGUACAACCACCUACACACGCGCAAACGUUACAGUGUGGUGAAAGCACCCUCCACUUUGAUAAAAGAUUUUUACAUCUUUCCACUGCCCGCUGAACAAACGAUUCCCUUGAUCUUGAAACCGUUGCGAGGUGUUGGCAUCGUCGAAGGUGAUCGAAAACCAAAUCUGUUGUUGGGGGUUUUGGUAAAGAUUAAAGGUGGAAAACGGUCUGCCGUAGGUUCGGUUCCAGCAACACAACAAGUGAAGAUGGCUCGUCGUCAGUCGAAACACUCUAUCGGAAAUAGCGCAGCUGGCAAGUCCUCAUCUGGCGAGCCAUCAGCCUCUGAUACAGUAUCGCUAAUGCAGCAAGUCAUUACGAAAUACGCAACCAAACCAAACCCUGCGAUGGUAGCCAGUGCUUCAACUAGCAAGGAGAGUAAGCGCAGCGACACUUCAGAUGAAGUGCCAGAGAUGGAUGCUUCGAGUUCUUCUGGACGAGGAUCAAGCUUUGCUACGCACGUUGUUUGUGAUGUCAAGAAAACAACAUUCCCAACGACGAUAGCAGCUGAAAAGCAAUGUGGUAUGGACGUCGACAUGGAAAUUAUUAAAGCGCCAAUUGCAGGAAAAGUUUCUGUAUCAUCACAUUUGUCGGAAGGCAAUAGUAACAGUAGCUUAGGGAGUGCUGCGAGUCGUGUGACUUCAGCAGAGCCGAUGCUGAUCGAUGAGGACGGUGACGAACCGUACUCGCCUGGCGGGGCAAGUGAUGACAGUAACUUUGCCGAUGUCACUGCCAUCGUAGACAACUCGAAACAGAGUAAAACCAGCACCAUGGAGCUAAUACAGCGCGAAGUGUAUGAACUAGAUCGGAAGAUUGCCAUGGAGCAAAAUGAAAUUGAAGGGCUGAUGACUAUGACAGAACUACAAGAGAAGGAAACGCUUCCACCGUCCCUUAUCAACGGUCUCCCGAUACCGGCGAACCUUUCGCAGAUCCUUGCCAGCAUCAAAGUCGGCAGUAGCGGAGGAGCUGUGGAUGAAGAAAUUGCAUCUUCUAGCGGUGGGUUGACGAUGAAAGAACCGCAUGCAACAUCAGAAAGGGUAAAUUUGUCUUGUCUUGCGAACGAUGAUGAAGAGUACAACCCUAGCGCACCGUCCCUCUACUCGAACUACAAAUCGGCCUACACCUCCGUGAACAGUCUGGGCGAUAUCGAUGAGCGUAUCAUACCGGCAUCGUUAGUGCCUACAAUUGUGGCUCCGACUGCGGCGAGUGUAACAGUUUUCGAUAUGAUGGCUGCAGCAACAACUCAAAACCCCACACAAUGUGCUACAGAACUAGGUGAUACAGUUCCGUCUAAUGUGACGAUGGUACGGGAGAGUACGGGAACCGUUCCGUUGGUUGUUGCAAGUGAUAUGAACGAAAGCCGUUUAGCAAAACUAUCUGACGAAGAAUUACUCAGCUUGGUGCCUGAUGACGCAAUGAUGCCCGAUUCGUCAUUGAAAGAGUAGUAAACCUCUAAACGUACGUGAAUGUAAAGUCAUCAACUAAACCGCUUUACAGUGUGUAACUAUUUUGUAAGAUAAACAGUUUUUCUUUUUUAUCCCUAUCAUAAAUCACUCAACGUUGGUGGUUGAAGGCUCGUGCCCUAUGUACGCCUCGCGACGAUCGAAUUGGCAAUAACCUAAUUUAUUGAGCAUCUUCCUAAACGGUUAGGUUUGAUAUAGCUUCAUUUUUUGUAAUGAUUUAUCAAUUAGACGUUUGAAUAGAAUGACCAAGAUGAGCAAUCAAAGUUCGACUUUAUGCCGGAUGAACCCAGAUGGAUAUUAAGCUGAUAAACUUCAUUCCUGAUGAUUGACUGUCGGCGAGCCCUAUAAGAUUCCGAUUAUUACACCCAAUUCUUAUCACGCCACCAUGCAUAUUUUCAUUUUAUAUCAAAGAUUUUACACGCUGUAACGAGAAACGGUCGAACAAAUGGCAAUGCUCUACGUAUUCGGCGCGUUUGUAUGGUGUACAUAAAUGUGAAAAUUCCACUAUGAAAGAACGAUAUGGAUUAUUUUUAAGUGUCGUGCAAUUCGUUGCGUUUAUGCUAUUACCGCCAACCCGUAAAAACCCUUGGUCCAAAAGUUUGUUAAAGAAACGGAUCGAUUAAUGAAAAUAGCGCCUCAUUUGUAGUAACACAUAUUUUGAGAGAAUUAUAAUAUUUUAAUUAUGUAAGGCUAGCAUUCAAUUCCUUAGUAUAUUGCGCAAUACAAAUAAGAUUAAAAAUACACAUUUCAUAUCCAGUCACAUAUUUUUCCAAUGCACAGGCAGGAACCUUUCGUUGGAUGCAGUAAAUGCAAUAUGGACUAUAGUGGCAAAGGGAUUGGAAGCAUAGUGAAAGACGCCGAGGCCAAUAUGCUUCACGUAAAACACAUAGACAUAGACACAAUUCUUAGUAUCAAUAAAAACCGAUAACUUUUAUGUAAUUGCUUAAUUUGAUUUAGCUGGUUUCAAUGUGGUAUAAACUUUUACUAAACAAUAUUAAACAAACAAAUUGAACACUCUCCCACAUAGCUCAGCAUGCACGAAAAUUAAUGUAAACAGAGUGUAUGUAUCAUGCUGCAAGCGGCUACUUAAUAUAACCUCUAACAUGCAUUCGAACUAUGUCGAGAUUUUUUGCCAAUGAUAUUAUAAAAUCGAUAGCGAGAAGUCGAUAAAUCUUUUGUAAGCAGUCUUAUUGGCAAAGCACUAGAAAAGAUUUUUAGUGCAGUUAAGUAGUUUCCCAAUCCAAGUUCUUGUACUCCUUUGUAGCAAAUGAUGUGACCAUUGAACUUACAUGAAACUCUAUCUUAACGAUAACGUAGAUCAUUGUAUAUAUAAUAGUAUGUGUAGAUGAGGAAUAUUGCCUCACUGUAAGUUGAUGAUUCACAAAACACAGUAUACAAUAAGAUGUUUGAAAAUGUGAUGCAUUAAUAUAAGCACGCAUUUAUAGUUAUGCAAAUAAAAUACAAUGAAAUGUAAAUUUAGCUAAAGGCGCACGAUACUC